GCGUCUUCUGAAAAGAAUCAAAACAUCCACGACGAGCGAAAAACCGACGAGCCACGCGUAAACUACACAAAAAAGCGUAAACUAACACCCCGCAGGCCAAAAACCGGGUUUCGUGAGCUCACCAACGCUCCAAAUCGGUGUGAAUUUCCCUCGCUUUUGACGUUUCGAGCGAGGGUCCCGCAGGCCAAAAACCGUCGUCAACGCUCCAAAUCGGUGCGAAUUUCCCUCGCUGGCGACGUUUUUUGUAAGUACUUGUGACGGUUAUUGACGUUUCGAGCAAGUGUUUGCGAGGGGUGGCCGGGGGUUGCCCUGCGGUGGACUGUUGGAUCGGCGACACGGCACUAGCCAUUUGCAGAAGCAAUUGUUUGUUUGUCCCUGCUAGUACCAUCGCGCAUCCGACAGAUUUCGGUGCCAAUCGUGGCAUUUUGGCCAUUGACGAAAAGAAAGUUCAGUGACGCGUUGGCGACGAGAUGCAGGGCCUUUAAUAGUGGUUGGCAUUUUCCGUCGUAUUUUCCGUUCACCGCCUUUGCCACGACCACGGUCGCCAGCCUAUCUGUUGCACAAAGCACAGAAGAUCAAGUGUGCUGUACAAGUGGUGAGAGCGUGGCACACCGGAGCGGCGGUGGAUUGUGGUUGGCGAAUCAGCAGCGGGGUCAAGCAUUUGCUCCUACCGGCCCACUUUCCCCACCCAACAAGCAGCACCACGAUGGGGGUCAUUUUGUCCAGAUUUCGGAAAGAGAAAAGCACUUUCCAGAAAUUGGAAGAAUUGGAGGAAAAAAUCAAGAGUCUCGAAGCGUACACAAUCAGCACCCAGGAUCGGCGGAAACGCUUCGUUGGCCGAUUUUUAGUCACAUCGAUCGUGCUGUACAUCGUCGGGUCGUUGAUAUUUUACUUCGUCUUCUUCCCGCCAACGUGGAAUGAACGGAUCGUCUAUUCCGUCCCACUACUCAUCUGUCCUAUACUCAUCUUCGUCCUAAAACGGGUACUAGCAUGGCAUUACGAACGCAAGUUACGCUUAAACUCGAACAAGCUGAAGGAUCUUCGGGCGGACAAAAAGAAGAUCCUAGAGAACGUGAUGGAAAAGGAGACGUACAAGGUGGCGGUUGAGAUUUUGGACAAAUUCGGCGAAAAAUCGCAUCGCAUUCAAACGCAAGCAUUCGCCGCUUCGCUGACACCUCAGCGCGGCCCUAAGCCGAUGCCCGUGGGACAGCCUGCGGCGGCACCACGAAUGCCGACCCCGGCCAUGCCCCAAAGGCAAAUAUCUCCUCCCUCGGUAGCGGUUCGACCGGCAACACCGAUGACACCGCAGAUGCGCCCCAGCGGUCCAAUGCAUCACACACCGCAAACGGCACCCGGCAUGAUGAUAAGGGCCCCACCUAUGUAUGGUGCGCGUGGCAGUAUGCCGUACCGAAGGACGCCGUUCCCCAUCAUCAACCAGAACGAGAAGGGCGUGCUGGAGAAGAUGGUGGACUAUUUGGUGGGCGAUGGACCGACGAAUCGGUUUGCCAUGAUUUGCAGCGAAUGUUGCAUGCACAACGGCAUGGUUUUGAAGGAAGAGUAUGAGUACACUGCUUUCCGGUGUGCUUUUUGCAAUGCAUUGAAUCCGGCGAAAAAGCAGCGUCCCGUCGCUCCCCGGCUCCCAUACGAACAGGAGCAGCUUGACAGACUUUCGCAAAAGCCUGACACAAGCUCUGAAUCGGAAGCGGAAGAAGGGGAUGAUCGCUCCUCCGGUUCGUCGCAAUCGGGCGAACCACGAAGCCCGGGUGUCGGUGAGGAAGAGCCAUUUGAACCAGAAGAGCAAGUAAAGCAAGAAGAAAUGCGAAACCUAGCAACUAGUGAAACGGAAAGCUCAGCCGAUGCCGGUGAAGCAAGCGGCGAAAAGCUGCUCCCAACGGAUGGAGAGCCAGCGGAGAGCAGUACACCCGACAGCACCGAAGUGCCAAGCAGACCGGAAACCGUCGGGUCGAAAAAAGUGGACUGAAUUUAUUAUUUUACUCUGAACAUAUUGUUGGUUUUUGUGUUGUUGCCACGUAAGGAGGAGAUGACGUGUUUUGCCCUGUUAAACUUUUUAUCUAACUCUUUUUUCUAAAUAUCGACUGCCGCUAUGCACACAGACACAAACACACCCCUGAACGCCUCGAAAAAGGAUCCCUAGUACAGUGGACAACGAUUGCACGCUGCAGUCCGCUGACAAAGUCACUUUUCCCCCAUCUUGUUCUCAUUAGUGUUCACAGUUCUGUAAAUUUGUGCAUUUAGGGAAAGGCCACACACCACCAAGCACGGAAUAGCUUCACUAGUCAAUCUACACUCACACAUUUAAUAUCUUAGGUAACCAAUUUUUCUUUCUAGCAUUUGCUCCUUGUAAAAAAAAAAGAAACAAAAACAAAACGGUGAUCAUUCAAGAGUGAAAGUAGUUUGUUCUGUGAAACCAUUUAAGUGAAACUCUUUGCCAACGCUAUAGAACGUGCCUAACUAGUGAAGUGUGGGAGCUAGAGUAGCAAACAACUAAUGUGAAAUUAAUCAAUAUUUACAGCAUUUUUCUUUUCUGCGUUGAAUUUGUUUCGGAAAGCGUACAAGCAUACGAUGGUCAGUGCACGUGGGGCGCGCACGUGGCUAUGUUAUAGGUAAAAGUGAGGAAAUUGCUAGCUAAAUCAUAGGGAAUGAAAAAGACUCGUUUGUUGAUCUUGUACGCUCUUGUUGUAAUUAUAGUACUUAUGUAAGGCCUUUGCAAUAAAAAAGAAUUAGAAUUUGUCUAAAAA